AUGGAAUCAAAAACUGGUGAAUCAAGUAAUGAAGAUCUUUUAUCAGGCAGUGGCAUCACACCCACUGGUGGUUCUGCAAGUCCAUUUUUUAUGUCGUCUAUUCGGGGCACAAUAAUUGAAAAUACGUCAUCACUUGGGACAUUGACACAAAUUCCUUUUUUCCCUAAAUAUGAAAUGGAACUUGAUUCUCACAGAAAAGGUGUCCCUUACCCAGGAAAGGAGCACAUCGAACGUGUGUUGGAUGAAUAUUCACAUCAGGUCAAAGAUUUGCAGAGAAGACUGAACGAAAGCAAUGAACUGCAUGAGAAACAGAAGACUUACUUGCGGCAGUCAGUUAUUGAUCUGCAGACAAAACUUCAGGAAAUGCAAAUGGAACGAGAUGCCAUGGCUGACAUCAGGCGCAGGGAGAGCGAGUCCCAGGAGGAUUUAAGAAAUCAGCUUCAAAACACAGUCAGUGAGCUUGAAGCUGCCAAGCGUCUCAAAGAGGACCUGCUGAAAGACAGCAGCACCCAGAUCGAGCAGCUCAGAAAGAUGAUGCUCAGCCACGAGGCUGUGCUGCAAGAAAUCCGCUCGAUCCUAGUUGACUUUGAAGAAGCCUCAGGCAAGAAAAUCUAUGAGCAUGACAGCAUUGCGACUGUCCACUUCCGCGGCCUGGGCUCGGCCGUUAGUAAAAUCCUAAGAGAAUUAGACACAGAGAUUUCUUAUCUGAAAGGGAGGAUAUUUCCAGUAGAAGACCAGCUCGAAACACUGAAAUCUGAGUCACAGAACAAAGUAGAGCUGCUCCUACAACAGCACCAAGACAGAAUUGAGCAGUUAAUAAACGAGCAUGAACUUGAAGUAGCAGGACUGACGGAGAAAGCAAGCAGUGCGCGAAGCCAAGCCAGCAGUGUGCAGAGCCAACUUGAAAUCAUCCAAGAACAAGCACGAAAUCAGAACUCCAUGUACAUGCGUCAGCUCAGCGAGCUGGAAUCCACUGUUUCUCAGCUACGUUCCGAGCUAAGGGAGGCCAAAAGGAUGUAUGAAGACAAGAUAGAAGACCUGGAGAAACAGUUAGUCCUUGCCAACUCGGAAUUAACUGAAGCACGGACAGAGCGCGACCAGUUCAGCCAGGAGUCUGGGAAUCUGGAUGAUCAGCUUCAAAAGUUGCUGGCUGACCUCCAUAAGAGUGAGAAGGAGCUGACGCUGGAGAAGGAGCAGAACAAGCGCCUGUGGGACCGGGACACGGGCAACAGCAUCACCAUUGACCACCUGCGGCGGGAGCUGGAUGACCGGAACAUGGAGGUGCAGCGCCUGGAGGCCCUGCUCAAGGCCAUGAAGAGCGAGUGUCAGGGCCAGAUGGAGCGGCAGAUGGCAGCAAUCCAGGGAAAGAACGAAAGUCUAGAAAAAGUGUCGUCCUUGACCGCGCAGCUGGAGUCCACCAAAGAGAUGCUCCGCAAAGUGGUGGAGGAGUUGACGGCCAAGAAGAUGACGCUGGAGAGCUCGGAGCGGACAGUGUCGGACCUGACGGCGUCCCUGCAGGAGAAAGAGCGGGCCAUCGAGGCCACCAACGCCGAGAUCACCAAGCUCCGCUCGCGGGUGGACCUGAAGCUGCAGGAGCUGCAGCACCUGAAGAACGAAGGGGACCACCUGAGGAGCGUGCAGACGGAGUGCGAGGCCCUCAAGCUGCAGAUGGCCGAGAAGGACAAGGUGAUCGAGAUCCUGCGGCAGCAGAUCGAGAACAUGACGCAGCUGGUCGGCCAGCACGGGCGGACUGCGGGCGCCAUGCAGGUCGAGAAAGCCCAGCUGGAGAAAGAGGUUAAUGACAGGAGGCUGGAACUACAGGAAUUUAAGAUUUUAAAAGAUAAAAAAGAUGCAAAGAUACGGGAGCUCGAGGCCAGAGUGAGUGACCUGGAGCUGGAAAAGGUGAAACUGGUGAACGCAGGCUCCGAGCGGCUCCGCGCAGUGAAGGAUAUCAAGCAAGAGCGGGAUCAGCUGCUGAGUGAGGUGAAAUCUAGUAGGAACGACUUCAACGCUCUUACAGAGGACUAUGAAGUUUUGAAAAGGAAUUUCCGAAACAAAACUGAAGAAAUGGAAUCAACUACAAAUAAACUGAAAAUGCAGUUAAAGUCAGCGCAGUCUGAAUUAGAACAAACAAGAAAUACACUAAAGACAAUGGAAGGCUCCGAUGGCCAUGCUAUGAAAGUGGCAAUGGGGAUGCAAAAGCAAAUAACAGCCAAAAGAGGUCAAAUAGAUGCCCUGCAGAGCAAGAUACAGUUUUUGGAAGAGGCGAUGACAAAUUCAAACAAGGAAAAGAAUUUCCUGAAAGAAGAGAAAUCAAAAUUAAGCCAAGAAUUAAGUACAGUUGCAACAGAAAAAAAUAAGAUGGCUGGAGAACUGGAAGUCUUGAAGUCCCAGGAACGCCGUUUGAAAGAAAAAGUUGCUAAUAUGGAAGUAGCUCUCGAUAAGGCAUCUUUGCAGUUUGCAGAAUGUCAAGACAUAAUACAGCGCCAGGAGCAAGAAUCUGUGCGCCUGAAACUUCAACACACUUUGGAUGUGAAAGAACUUCAGGGUCCUGGAUACACAUCAAAUUCUUCUUUGAAACCACGCCUUGCUCAGUCAUCAGCCGCGACUCAUUCUCAUUCGAAUGUGCCGUCUACCCAUUCAACAGCCAGCUUCCUCUCUCACAACUCUCUGAAACCUAAUACCCCGAAGGAAGAUCCAACAAGGGACCUGAAACAGCUUCUCCAAGAGCUGAGAAGUGUCAUCAACGAGGAGGCACCCGUGUCUCUGAGCAAGACGGAGGAAGACCCGAGAUCUACACCCCUGGGUGUCUCCUACGGGUGUGUAGAUGAUAGAGUAAGAAAUUGCAUUACUGAAUCAAGCUUGAGAGUAGAAAUAUGCCAUAGGAGCAACAACUCGUUCAGGGAGUCCACUGAAGGCAGCAAAUCGAGUGACAGCAGAGAGCCACUGACAUUGCAUAAUGGAGAACUAGAGGAUCCAUCUAGUUGCUUUGCUUUUCCGUCUAUAGGAGCCCCAUCUGUGAAAAGUGCAGCUUCUCGUUCAUUCCAUUCUUCUCCUAAGAAGUCUCCAGUUCACUCACUCCUAACUAGUUCAAAUGAAGACUCAAUAGGCUCCACAUCACGGUAUAGGCCGACCAAACCUCAUUCACCUCCUGAUUCUGUUAAAGCUUCACAGUCUCAGCCAAUAGAAACAACAGGGAAAACGUGCAGGAAGCUUCAGAACAGACUAGAAAGCUUACAAACGCUGGUGGAAGACUUACAGAUGAAGAACCAAGCAAUGUCUUCAAUGAUCAGAAAUCAAGAAAAGAGAAUACAGAAAGUGAAAGACCAGGAAAAAAUGUUAUUAAAAUGA